AUGGGAAGUGCUGGUGAUGUGUUGGAGGAUAAUCCAGUGGGGAGGCUUAAGGUUUAUGUAUACGAGCUCCCAAGCAAGUACAACAAGAAAUUACUCCAAAAGGACCCUCGAUGUCUCACACACAUGUUUGCUGCUGAGAUUUUCAUGCACAGGUUCCUCUUAUCUAGUCCCGUCCGAACGCGUAAUCCCGACGAGGCUGACUGGUUUUACACUCCGAUUUACCCAACUUGCGAUCUCACGCCGACGGGCUUGCCAUUGCCUUUUAAGUCGCCGCGUAUGAUGAGAAGCGCCAUACAACUAAUCUCAUCGAACUGGCCUUACUGGAAUCGGACAGAAGGAGCUGAUCACUUCUUUGUUGUGCCCCAUGACUUUGGAGCUUGCUUCCAUUAUCAGGAGGAAAAAGCCAUUGAAAGAGGGAUUCUUCCGCUACUCCAGCGUGCCACUUUGGUUCAGACAUUUGGUCAGAGGAACCACGUGUGUUUGGACGAAGGCUCGAUCACAAUUCCCCCUUUUGCACCUCCACAGAAGAUGCAGGCCCAUCUUAUUCCUCAAGAUGUUCCACGCUCUAUCUUUGUCUACUUCCGCGGCUUGUUCUAUGAUGUUAACAACGACCCAGAAGGGGGAUAUUAUGCAAGAGGCGCAAGAGCGGCGGUGUGGGAGAAUUUCAAGAACAACCCUCUAUUCGACAUCUCAACAGAUCACCCGACAACAUACUACGAAGACAUGCAGAGAUCCAUCUUCUGUCUAUGUCCUCUAGGAUGGGCUCCAUGGAGCCCGAGGCUAGUUGAAGCGGUUGUGUUUGGGUGCAUUCCAGUUAUCAUAGCGGACGACAUAGUACUGCCUUUCGCAGACGCCAUCCCCUGGGAAGAAAUAGGAGUCUUUGUCGGUGAGAAAGACGUACCUGAACUAGACACGAUCCUUACCUCAAUACCAACAGAAGUGAUCCUGAGGAAACAGAGACUCCUCGCGAAUCCUUCGAUGAAACGAGCCAUGCUUUUCCCUCAGCCGGCGCAACCAGGAGACGCAUUCCAUCAGAUACUCAACGGGUUAGCUCGGAAGUUACCACACGACAGAAGCAUAUACUUGAAAGCAGGUGAGAAGGUACUGAACUGGACUGCUGGUCCGGUUGGUGACCUUAAACCUUGUCUACAAGGAAAUGGGCUGAUCGGAGACCGCGACUCUUUUGGUUGUCACUUGCGGAGAGAAGGAGAAAGAGAGGCGGCCAUGGGAGGAGGAAUGGGUGCGUUUUGGGGAACUCGGGUGAUGGAAAUAGUGAAGAAGCACGAUUCCGGUGGUCUUCUUUGGAAGCGAAUCAAGCUUACCCCUACUCGUAAAGCCAAUGCCAAAACCCGCCUCCGUCGCGUUUGGCAGAAUGAGGCUGUUCUAAGGGCGUGUGCUGAAGCAGAUGCAUCAAACUCACCUGGAGUUAGCAACACAGAAAGCUGUACCAGUGCGGGGAAAAACGAGUGAGGCGGAAGAGAAGCUACAAAGGUGGUCGUAGUAAUUUUAUAAGGAAUGGGUAGAUUAAGUGUCUCUGUCUUGACCUGGUUUAACAACAAUAAUAUUUGAACUUUGUGUUGUUGGGUUAUUGGUUUUACAUGUUGAAUCUGCGACGGGCUUUUACAAAACCGGAGGCAUCUCCCAUACCAAAGCAAAACAUUGUGAUUUGAGUAUCGCUGCUCUUUUGUUCUUGUUGUCAUCAAGAAAUUGUUCUUUAGCUACUUAAAACUUAGUCUUGGCAACACCCAUAAUCCUUAAGUCAAUGGUUACAGUUAUAUAACUAUUGGUUAAACAUUUCUUUUUAGUGUUUGACAAUGGAUGCGUU